UCAGACGUGACAGCGCUCUCGCUCAGGAUGAAGCUCUCUGUGCUUUUCUGUCUGGCCGUCAGCUUUGCCAUGUUCGGAUCUGGCCGCUCGCUGCAGUGCUACUCCUGCCCCGACGGCUCCUCCAGCGGCUGCGAGGUUAAACAGGAGUGCAGCCAAGGUGAAGACAGCUGCCUCAAACUCACCAGCGGCGAUAUGAUCUACACUGGAUGCCUGAGGUCCUCGGACUGUGACUUCAGGUCUCUGUCUGUCAGAUACCUGGUUCCUGAAUUCACCUUUUCCUGCUGUCAGUCAAAACUCUGCAACGGUCGAGCAAAAGGCUUCUUCCAGUGGUUAUUUGGUUCACAAAAGAAGUAA